UUCGGAGGUCCCAGUCCAGCAGAACGGUUCCACCGGGUCGGCUCGGGUCCGAACCGGGUUCUGACCGUCCUGUGAGUGGCUCCGUGGCUCCGCGGCGCUUUGGGGAGAUUUUACGCGCAGCUUUCUGUUUCAAAGCGGAGAAACUUCCAAACCCACGGGAGAAAGUUUUCACUUGGAGGAAACCGAACCGAUCCUCCUUCCUCGGAGUCGCUGCUGUGAACCCAGCCUGUCGAAACCGGAAUGUGUGUGAGCGGGUCGGAGAGGCGCGCCGGACCCCGGGUCUGGGCUCCGCUGCUCGCCGCGCUGCUGUGGGCCGCCGCGGCGCAUGGAUGCCCACACAAGUGCAGCUGCUCCGGGUCGCAUGUGGACUGCCAGGGUCUGGGUCUGAAGACGGUACCCAAAGGAGUCCCGCGGAGCGCAGAGCGCCUGGAUUUAAACAGAAACAACAUCACCAGAAUUACUAAAGUGGACUUUUCUGGACUGAAGAACCUCAGGAUUCUCCACCUGGAGGACAACCAGAUCAGCGUCUUGGAGAGAGGAGCCUUCCAGGACCUCAGGCUGCUGGAGAGGCUACGCCUGAACAGAAACAAGCUGCAGUUCCUCCCAGAGCUUCUCUUCCAGUCCAACCCCAAACUGGGCCGAGUGGAUCUCAGUGAGAAUCAGAUCCAGGCUGUUCCACGGAAAGCCUUCAGAGGAAUCACCAACGUGAAGAACCUGCAACUGGACAGCAACCACAUCAGCUGCAUCGAAGAUGGAGCUUUCCGAGCGCUGCGCGAUCUGGAGAUCCUCACCCUCAACAACAACAACAUCACCCUCAUCCCGCUGUCCAGCUUCAACCACAUGCCCAAGCUCCGGACGCUCCGUUUGCACUCCAACAACCUCCACUGCGACUGCCACCUGGCCUGGCUCUCUGAUUGGCUGAGGGCCCGGCGGGGCUUGGCCCCCUUCACGCAGUGCAUGUCCCCGGCUCACAUGAGGGGCCUCAACGUCCCUGACGUCCAGAAAAAGGACUUCAUCUGCACCGGUCCAGCGCAGAUGGAGCCAAGGGCAUGUGCACCUCAGGUCGCAGUCUGCCCCCCCAGCUGCAGCUGCAACAACAACAUCGUGGACUGCCGGCGGAAAGGUCUGACAGAGAUCCCAGCCAACCUCCCAGAGGGCAUUGUGGAAAUCCGUUUGGAGCAAAACCUGAUCAAAAGCGUCCCACCAGGAGCAUUUACAGCCUACAAGAAGCUGAAGAGAUUAGACCUGAGCAAGAACCAGAUCUCCGACGUGGCUGCGGACGCCUUCAGCGGACUGCGGUCGCUCACUUCACUCGUUCUGUAUGGCAACAAGAUUGCUGAGCUACCAAAAGGAAUAUUUGAUGGACUUUCUUCUCUGCAACUACUAUUACUGAACGCCAACAAGAUCAACUGUCUGAGAGUGAAUGCCUUCCAGGACCUGCAGAACCUGAACCUCCUGUCUCUGUAUGACAACAAGCUGCAGAGCAUCAGUAAAGGCCUCUUCGCCCCGCUGCGCUCCAUCAAGACUCUCCACCUGGCCCAGAAUCCCUUCAUGUGCGACUGUCACCUGAAGUGGUUGGCCGACUUCCUGUUCGACAAUCCCAUCGAGACCAGCGGCGCGCGCUGCAGCCACCCGCGCCGGCUGGCCAACAAACGCAUCAGCCAGGUCAAAGGCAAGAAGUUCAGGUGCACAGGUCAGGAGGACUACCGCAACCGGCUGAGUGGGGAGUGUUUCCAGGAUCUGGUGUGUCCGGAGAGAUGUCGCUGUGAAGGCACCGUGGUGGACUGCUCCAACCUCAAACUGACCCGGAUUCCUCCGCACAUCCCUGAACACACCACCGACCUGCGGCUAAACGACAAUGAAAUCUCCAUCCUGGAAGCUGCUGGGACGUUCAGGAAGCUGCCCAACCUCAAGAAAAUAAACCUGAGCAACAACAAGCUGAGAGAUCUGAGAGAGGGCGCCUUCGACGGCGCGGCCGGCGUGCUGGAGCUGCUGCUCACCGGGAACAAGCUAACCGCGCUGCAGGGUCGCAUGUUCAGGGGCCUGAGCGGCCUCAAGACCCUCAUGCUGCGCAGCAACCAGAUCAGCUGCAUUGAUAACGGGACCUUCAGUGGCCUGAGCUCGGUGCGCCUCCUCUCUCUCUAUGACAACCGGAUCUCCAGCAUCGCCCCGGGGGCCUUCGCCACCCUGCACUCACUCUCCACCAUUAACCUGCUGUCCAACCCGUACGUGUGCGACUGUCACCUGGCCUGGCUGGGCCAGUGGCUGAAGAAGACCCGGGUGGUGAGCGGGAACCCGCGCUGCCAGAGGCCCGGCUUCCUGAAGGAGAUCCCCAUCCAGGACGUAGCCACGCCCGACUUCACCUGCGAUGGUGCCGAGGAAAAUGGCUGCCUUCCUGCGUCUGGUUGCCCUGACGUCUGCACAUGCUCAGACGGAGUGGUGCGCUGCAGCAACCGCGGCCUGCACGCGCUGCCCAAGGGCAUCCCCAAGGACACCACGGAGCUGUACCUGGAGGGGAACCAGCUGUCGUCGGUUCCGAAGGAGCUGGCCUCCCUGAAGCAGCUCUCCCUGGUGGAUUUGAGCAACAACAGCAUCAACACAGUGGCUCCCUUCACCUUCAGCAACAUGACCCAGCUGGCCACGCUCAUCCUGAGCUACAACCAGAUCCGCUGCAUCCCGCUGCACGCCUUCGACGGACUGCGCUCGCUGCGCCUGCUGACUCUCCAUGGAAACGACCUUUCAACCAUCCCUGAAGGCGCGUUCGGCCACCUCAGCUCCCUGUCCCACCUGGCACUCGGCGCCAACCCGCUCUACUGUAACUGCGACCUGCGCUGGCUGUCUCAGUGGGUCAAGGCCGGCUUCAAGGAACCCGGCAUCGCUCGCUGUGCCGGACCUGCAGACAUGGCCGACAGGCUGCUGCUCACCACGCCGCUCAACAGGUUCCAGUGUAAAGGUCCUGUGGACGUCGGCCUGAUGUCGAAGUGCGCCCCCUGCCUGUCGGCUCCCUGCAGGAACAACGGCACCUGCAUCUCCGGCGCUGCGGGCUCCUACCGCUGCACCUGUCCGUUCGGGUUCAAGGGUCAGGACUGUGAGGUGGCCAUCAACGCCUGCAUCAGCUUCCCGUGUCAUAAUGGAGGAACCUGCCACGUCCCACCUGGACGGGACGACCAGUUCAGCUGUGUGUGUCCGCCAGGCUUCGAGGGUCUGCGCUGUGAGAUAAAUCCUGACGAUUGCGACGACAACGACUGUGAGAACAACUCCACCUGCGUCGACGGCGUCAACAACUACACCUGUCUGUGCCCCCCCAACUACAGCGGUGACCUGUGUGACGAGGUGGUGGACCCGUGUCUCGCCGGCUUCGACCCGUGUCAGCACGACUCCAAGUGCGUCCAAGUCGGCCGCGGCUACAGGCUGCGACCUCGUUUGACCUCAGUGGUCAUGUUGGGUAUUUUAGUGAAGUUCAGCGGAUACACCUGCAUCUGCAAGGAGGGCUUCAGUGGGCUGUUCUGUGAGAACCCUCCACCAAUGAUCUUGCUGCAGACCAGCCCCUGCGACCAAUCAGAGUGCCAGAAUGGCGGCCAGUGCCUGGUGGUUGCCGGGGAACCCAUCUGCCGCUGCAUACCUGGUUACUACGGCAACAAGUGCGACAAAAUCUCCACAGUCCACUUCCUGGGGCGAGACGGGUUCGUGGAGCUGCACGCCACCAAGCUGCGACCGACGGCACAUAUUUCACUGCAGGUGGCUACUGAUAAGGACAACGGUGUUCUGCUGUAUAAGGACGACCUGGACCCGCUGGCGCUGGAGCUGUACCAGGGUCACAUCCGCCUCAUUUAUGACAUCACCAACUACCCGCCCACCACCGUCUACAGCGUGGAGUCGGUCAGCGAUGGACUCUUCCACACCGUAGAGCUGCUGAUCCAGAACCGCUCACUGAGCCUGGUGGUGGACAACGGCGCCCCCAAGAGUCUGGGCAAGCUGGGCCGCCAGCCCUCUGUUGACCACAACACCCAGCUCUACAUCGGCGGAGUGCCCCCCCUGGUGGCGGCCUCAGGGCUGCGUCCCGGCCCGGAGCGUCUUCCUCCGGGUUUUGACGGCUGCAUCCACAACGUUCGGAUCAACGGAGAGAUGCAGGACCUGAGCUUCAGAACCGCAGCAGAACCGCCGGGCCAGGGCCCGGCGGUUCUGGUCGGGUGCCACGCCUGCAGUGUGUGCGCAGCUGGAACCUGCAGGGAGGGAGGUCAGACCGGGGUCACCUGCAGCUGCCCUCCGGGCCGGAUGGGGGCGCUGUGCGACGAGACGGCGGCCAGCGACCCCUGUCAGAACAUCAGGUGUGUCUAUGGUACCUGCGUUGCCACGGCGCAGACCUACAGCUGCCGCUGCGCUGACGGCUACCAGGGCCUGUCCUGCGACCGCCCCGCCUGCAGCUGCGCCCACGGAGAGUGCCGGACCUCCGAGUCCGGGGUUCCGGUCUGCCACUGCGAGCCGGGCUUCACCGGACCCACCUGCAACACAGAGCUGCGCUGCCAGGGCGAGACGCUGCGGGAGCAGCUGAAGCGGCACCAGGCCAUGCGGACCUGCACCUCCACCACCAGGGUGCCGCGCGUGGCGUGUCCCCGGUCCUGCCAGGCGGCGGCGCCGCCCGGGGUCUGCUGCGGCGUCACCAAGACGCGCCGGCGGAAAGUGGCGUUCCGCUGCACGGACGGGUCGUCGUACUCAGAGGAGCUGGAGACGGCCCUGGAGUGCGGCUGUGGCCGGUGCCCGCUGUAGGCCCCGCCCCCCAGGUGUAUGCCCCGCCCCUAGCUAUGGGCCCCGCCCACCAGAGGAGCGGCCCUGGGCGAGCAGAACAGACACUCAGAGAAAAUAUAUUGUAAAAUAUAUGAGAAACAUAGAACUUAUUUUUAUUAUGGAUUUUUCUAAGAUGAUAAAAGGACUCAUAAGUUGUUUUUAAUGUUUCAUAGUAUAAAAAUAUUUUCUACCUUUGUAAUAAACUAGAUUAACAUUCCUUAAAGUAUCUGAAUUUAAAAGUUUUAAUGUAAAUCUUUAUAAACAUUUCCUCUAACCAAACGAUCCUGAUGUAUUUGGCGUAUUAGCAUGACGUUAAUGUGAGAAGAGGCUCCGCCCACCAGAACUCGGACCGCAGCGCCAACAGCUGAAACCAGGUGUCUGCACCCAGAUAUCCUUCACACUGGACCCCUCUGACCUCUGACCUCAGCUGCAGUCCAGUCUCCUCCAAACUCCUCCCAAGGCUCAAUUUCUUCUGCAGUUUUUCCUUCCACUCAACUUUCUAUGAGCAUCUCUUUCUUCCUCUGAGGAUCGAGUUGAGGUCGUGAACCAGAUCCAGUUUUUAAUAGAUGAAUUAUUGGAGGUCAAUCAGAGAUUCCUCCUCAGGGAUCCAGCAAGUCCGCCCGACCAGAACCACCUGCAGUCGCCUUAUCACCAUGGAAACCAGUUCUUCUUCUUCUGUGCCUUUCUGCAGUCAGAUGUUUUCUGUCCCGUCCAGCUGCUGUGGAUGGUUUGGAUGUUUCCGAGGUUCUGCCGACCCGUACUGGACUGGACUGAACAGGACCGGCGGUUCUGAAACCGAUCCAGCAGCGUAACGAUGAAUGUGAAACCGUUUGGGGAUCAAACUUCUUCCUCCUCCUCUUCCUCUCAGCUCGACGCCACAGAAACAAAAUGGAGUCUGUCUGUAAACGGGAAAUUUUAACUUUUUUUUACUUCCGUUUUUGUUUCUGCUGCUUCUAAAAACGAUCAAACGCUAAAAAAAAACAGCCGUUUUCUUUUUCUUUUACAAUAAUUUUAGGUUUUUUAGUGUCUUGAAAAUGAGCCAAUCAGCAGGCACUGCCCUGUUACCUAGCAACCAGAGCAGAGGUCCAUCCCGAUGCCAGCUGAUUUUUAUUUUAUAUCAUGCAGGUUGUAAAGACACGAUAUCAAAACAAGCUAUUAAGAAAUUUGAUUUGCAUAAAUGAGCUAAUAAAAUAUGAGCUAAAACCAAAAUAAAGUUUAAUAAUAUUUCACACUCUUGUUAAUUGUGUAGGAGGCUCUACUUCUGCUUUUCAAAGAUGUACGGUGCUUUGCAGCCAUUUUCAGCUGAGGGUAAACGUUGAGUUGGGGGCGUGGCCAACAGCAGCUUAUUUGGAUUUAAAGUGACAGUGCCCUAAAAAAGCUCACAGAUUUAAAAUGACCUAAGAAUUGUUUUGUGCAAAAAAUGUAAGAAACAUGUUUUGUAUAGAGCAUAGGCCGCCCCUCCGCCCAGGUGGAGAGCCAACCCCCGUUUUACCAAGCGUCAGCAGCUCCUGUCAUGACUCCUCAUUUUCCUCCACUGGACAGCAGCUUCAUACAGGAAGUGUAAUAGGGCGGCCAUCUUGGAACUACUGGAAUGUUUAGUUUUGUUUACAUCGAACCUUCAGUGACUAAACCUGCAGCACUGCUUCUUCCCCUCCAGUCGUCCCAGACACCCAUGUGACUCCUCCCACUUGACUCCUCCUACACGUGGCUCCGCCCAUUCUUUGGCCCCGCCCAGCCUUAUGAUAAAGGUUCGUUGUGAACAGAAUAAACCUCAGCUACUAGUUAUUGACAAUAACUAAACUGAUCUGUACUCUCACCUGUAAAGGUCGUAGGUUACAUUUCAUUAAUUAUGUGAUUAUAACUGAUGGUUUAAUUGAAUGUUGGAAUUAAACGUCUAUUGA